AUGCAACGGAUUACCAAGCUACCAAAAAGCAAACGCCCUGCUUUUGAUGACAUCAGUGAAAACUCAAUUGUUUAUGCCGAUCCAAUGGCUUGGGUUGAGCAACUGGUUCCUGAAAAUAAAAUCGAAGGUCUCGGCUGGAAAGUUGAACAUACCCUAGAUAGUCAGUUCAAUUUAAGUGCAACACAAAACCUGCAACUCUCAUUGAACGAAUCUGAAAAAAAACAAGACUGGUUUAAUGUCGGUGCGACGAUUCAGGAUAUGAAUGGCAACACUUAUAACCUGAUUGAUCUUCUUGGCUAUGCGAUACAGCAUAAUCCACAUCUUUUAGAAGAUGACUAUAUUGAAAAAAUGGACAGUGACAGCUUCUUAAUCGUUCAUUUAAGAGAAGCUCAAACUCAACUGGCACUUAGAAAUCAAGAAAUUAAGCCCAUCCUAAUCUAUUUAAAAGAAAUUUUAAGACAUCCAGAAUCUGCAACAUUAGAUCAAUACGAUGCCGCUCAAUUCUUAGAUUUACAACAUCAUUUGGGCAUGCCUUGGCGGACCAACGAACGCCUGAAAAUAUUUGCUGAAAAGCUUCAAAAUAGUUAUCAAGAUCAAAUCUGUACACCACAAGGUUUCCAAGGCGAACUACGCCCAUAUCAACAACAAGGUUUAGCAUGGCUACAGUUUUUACGCGAAACUGAACAUGGCGGUAUCCUUGCCGAUGAUAUGGGACUCGAUGAAGCGCAAAACAUUAAAAACCCUCGGGCCAAAGCCUCUCAAGUGGUACGACAAAUCAAAGCAAAACAUCGUCUAUGCUUAACUGGCACACCGAUGGAAAACCAUUUGGGCGAAUUAUGGUCAUUGUUCCAUUUCUUGAUGCCUGAGGUGGCGAAAGAGCUUCCUGAAAAAACCACGAUUGAAGUCAAUAUUGAUAUGAAUGAACAGCAAUCUAAGCUCUACGAAGCUGUUCGUGCAACAAUGCAAAAGAAUAUUCGUGAGUUGAUUGCAGCUAAAGGCUUCCAUCGUAAUCAUUUAUUGGAAAUGGUUCAAGAUAUGGUUGAGGAAGGACGUAAGAUUUUAAUCUUCUCUCAAUUCACCACGAUGCUACAACUCAUUGAAGAGCAUUUAAAAACCUUAAAUAUUCGAAAUGUAAAACUUACUGGACAAACCAAGAAACGUGAUGAAGUGAUCACGGCAUUCCAAGCAGGCGAUAUUCCUGUUUUCCUCAUCAGUUUAAAGGCAGGCGGUGUUGGGCUUAAUCUCACUGCUGCUGAUACAGUGAUUCAUUAUGAUCCUUGGUGGAACCCAGCGGCUGAAGAUCAAGCGUCUGAUCGUGCAUGGCGUAUUGGUCAAGAUAAACCAGGGGAUGUUUUAAAACGAUAUCGCAAUGUAUUUGCCAAAAACCAUCUUUUAGAAAAGAGCUUUGAUGAGAAAAAUAUGGAUGACACUGAGGUUGGCGCUGUGCCCAAUCACGAGUAUCAUGUGUCCUCACCAUACCAAAAGGACCAGCUAAUCCGACAAUGA